CACUCGCAUCUAAUUCGAUUUUUUGGUUUGUAUAAUAUUACUUAAACAAAAGUUGUAUUAAAAUCCACUACCAAAUCGUUAUAUGUAGCAACUCUCGGCGCCGCUGCCAUGUAGGUAUAGUAUCCAAAGCACUGGGGCGGUAGGUUGUAGUGCUUCAGUAAAAUAUGUACUUAGUGUACAAGACAGUGGAAGAGAAGUGCUAGAAUAUGUUUGAAACAUACAAAUUAUACGCUAACACUAAUAAUUUCACUUUAAAAAACGGAGCCCCGUCCGCCCCUCCCCAACUCCAGAGGCAAACCUUUAAUGUAUUCAUUCGCCAUCUCGACAGCAAAGCGUUGUAUAGCGUAAGCGCUAUCGAAAGAAAUGUCUCGAAACCCCUCUGCUGUUUGGGAUGUUUUUGUUAAAUGCCCAGACGACCAACACAAAGUUGAAUGCAAACUGUGCAAGAGACUGUUGAUGUAUCAGGCACAACCAAUCUCCGAGGUCACUUGACAAGCCAUAAACGGUCUGCACAUACUGUUGGAGUGGUCUGUAGUGUCCCCCAUUAUAUGUGUGCUAAACCCUAAUCACGUGACAAGAAUGACUAUGACCCAGCAGCAAUUGAAUUCGUUCCUGGAUUGAAGUUCAACUUCAUAUCUUCUCCGCUCAAUCUCUCCUACCCGGCUUCCUAAAGGAGGAGGACGGUAAGGCAUAAAGAAGCAGCAGCUCUUGGUAGCCCGUCCUGUGUAUAAUGGCCAGCCUCCUGCGAGUGGUGGUCAGCAGCUGCUCGAGCCCAGUCUUCAGCAGGCUGUCUGUGAAGGUGCAGACGGUGAAGACUCCAUCUUCACGGUUAUUCCGAACUCACCAGGCCCUCCGGUGCCAGAGCACUGUUAAUCCAGGCAUUCCUUAUAAGCAGCUAACAGUUGGGGUCCCCAAGGAGAUCUUUCAGAAUGAGAAGCGAGUGGCCCUGUCCCCGGUUGGGGUGCAGGCUCUCAUUAAGCAGGGAUUCAAUGUGGUGGUGGAAUCAGGUGCGGGAGAAUCCUCCAAAUUCUCAGAUGAACAUUACAUUCAAGCCGGGGCCACCAUCAAAGGGACCAAGGAUGUUCUGGCUUCCGACCUGGUAGUCAAGGUGAGGGCUCCUAUCUUCAACCCUGCACUUGGUGCCCAUGAGGUUGACCUUCUGAAGGAGUCUGCCACCCUGGUCAGCUUCAUCUACCCUGCACAGAACCCAGAGCUCAUUGAUAAACUUUCACAGCGCAAGACCAAUGUGCUAGCAAUGGAUCAAGUACCUAGAGUCACCAUCGCACAGGGAUAUGAUGCCCUCAGCUCUAUGGCCAACAUUGCAGGUUACAAAGCUGUUAUUUUGGCAGCUAAUCAUUUUGGACGCUUUUUCACCGGUCAGAUUACAGCAGCUGGCAAAGUUCCCCCUGCUAAGGUUCUUAUUAUUGGAGGUGGUGUUGCUGGUUUGGCUUCAGCAGGUGCUGCCAAAGCCAUGGGUGCAAUUGUGAGAGGAUUCGAUACCAGAGCUGAUGCUUUGGAGCAGUUCAAGUCCCUGGGUGCGGAGCCACUGGCGGUGGAUAUAAAGGAGUCUGGGGAAGGUCAAGGGGGCUACGCUAAAGUAAUGUCCAAGGAGUUUAUUGAGGCAGAGAUGAAACUGUUUGCCAAACAAUGUCAGGAGGUGGACAUUGUAAUCAGCACAGCCCUCAUCCCAGGCAAGAAAGCCCCAAUUCUGUUCACUAGAGAGAUGAUCGAGAGUAUGAAGGACGGGUCAGUUGUGGUUGAUUUGGCUGCUGAGGCUGGAGGGAACUUUGAGACCACUGUACCUGGGGAGCUGACUGUGCACAAGGGGGUGACUCACAUUGGUUACACAGACCUCCCAAGUAGGAUGUCCUCUCAGGCCAGCGCUCUGUAUUCCAACAACAUCAUCAAGCUGCUGAGGGCGAUCAGCCCUGACAAGGACCAUUUCUACUACAACGUGAAGGAUGAAUUUGAUUUCGGUACCAUGGACCAUGUUGUUCGGGGCACAGUGGUAAUGAAGGAUGGGAAGUUCAUCUUCCCAGCUCCCCCUCCAAACAAUAUUCCUGUGGCUGCACCAGUGAAGCAGAAGUCUGUUCAAGAGCUGGCGGCUGAAAAGAAGGCCACUGUUUCUCCUUUUGCACAGACCUUGACAAGUGCUGGCGUUUACACUGGAGGUAUUGCUACUUUAAUAGGACUGGGCCUUGCUGCUCCUACUGCUGCCUUCACUCAAAUGGUGACAACCUUUGGUUUAGCUGGAAUUGUGGGCUACCACACAGUCUGGGGCGUCACUCCGGCCCUUCACUCUCCACUCAUGUCUGUCACCAAUGCCAUCUCGGGUUUGACAGCAGUUGGUGGGUUGUCUCUGAUGGGAGGGGGCCUGGCCCCCACUGCUACUGCAGAGGUACUGGCUGCAUUGGCAGCCUUCAUCUCCUCGGUCAACAUAGCCGGUGGCUUUCUUGUCACCAAGAAAAUGCUGGAUAUGUUCAGGCGUCCCACUGACCCCCCUGAGCACCACUACCUGUACCUCCUGCCUGCUGGGGUUUUCGUGGGAGGAUAUGCUGCUGCACUCAAUUGUGGUUACAAAAUUGAGGAGAUGAUGUACCUAGGCUCUGGCUUGUGCUGUGUAGGAGCCCUGGCCGGCCUCUCCACCCAGAAGACGUCCCGACUCGGCAAUGCCCUGGGCAUGAUGGGUGUUGCUGGUGGUCUGGCAGCCACCCUUGGAGCUCUGAAGCCUUCUCCUGAACUCCUGGCUCAGAUGAGUGGCGCCAUGGCCGUUGGUGGCACUUUGGGAUUGACUAUUGCAAAGCGAAUCCAGAUCUCGGACCUGCCUCAGCUGGUCGCUGCCUUCCACAGCUUGGUAGGGCUGGCUGCAGUCCUGACCUGUGUGGCAGAGUACAUGGUGGAAUACCCACAUUUCGCCACUGACCCGGCUGCCAACCUCACCAAAAUCGUGGCCUACUUGGGUACCUACAUCGGAGGAGUGACCUUCAGCGGCUCCCUCAUCGCUUAUGGGAAACUCCAGGGUGUCCUGAAUUCAUCACCUCUGAUGCUUCCCGGGCGUCACUUCUUGAAUGCUGGGCUGAUGGCAGCUAGUGUGGGUGGAAUGAUCCCUUACAUGAUGGAUCCCAGCUACACCACUGGUAUCACCUGCCUGGGCUCUGUGUCUGCACUGUCUGCCAUCAUGGGUGUUACUCUGACUGCGGCAAUUGGGGGUGCUGACAUGCCCGUGGUGAUCACAGUGUUGAACAGCUACUCGGGCUGGGCUCUGUGUGCAGAGGGAUUCCUGCUCAAUAACAACCUGCUCACCAUCGUCGGGGCCCUCAUCGGGUCUUCCGGAGCCAUCCUCUCCUACAUCAUGUGUGUGGCUAUGAACCGCUCUCUGGCUAAUGUAAUUCUUGGUGGCUACGGUACCUCUUCCACUGGCACUGGCAAGCCCAUGGAAAUCACUGGAACUCACACAGAGAUCAAUCUGGAUCAAACUGUUGAGAUGAUCAAAGAGGCCAACAGCAUCAUCAUCACUCCAGGUUAUGGUCUGUGUGCAGCAAAAGCUCAGUACCCCAUCGCUGAAUUGGUAAAGAUGCUCCAAGAACAGGGCAAGAAAGUCCGGUUUGGGAUCCACCCAGUAGCCGGCCGAAUGCCUGGUCAGCUGAAUGUGCUGCUGGCUGAAGCUGGAGUUCCUUAUGACAUAGUGCUGGAAAUGGAUGAAAUCAAUGAAGACUUCCCAGAAACUGACCUGGUUAUGGUUAUUGGUGCAAAUGAUACUGUGAACUCAGCGGCCCAAGAGGACCCGAACUCCAUCAUUGCUGGAAUGCCGGUUCUGGAAGUCUGGAAGUCGAAACAGAUCAUUAUAAUGAAGAGGUCCCUGGGAGUAGGCUAUGCAGCUGUGGACAAUCCUAUCUUCUACAAGCCCAACGCUGCAAUGCUGCUGGGUGACGCCAAGAAGACCUGCGAUGCUCUGCAGUCAAAAGUCCGGGAGUCGUAUCAGUGAAGAGGCAGAUAAACGGUCUGCAGCAAACAGCAGACAAAUCUCCUAAUUACUGAAAAUAUACAAUACAGACAGAUCUUGUAAUCAAAGGAUGGGUCCCCACAAAGGAUGGGUCCACACAUUAUGUUGGUGUCUUCCCAAUAGCUUUUAUUAUUAGUAGUAGAUGAAAUGAAAUGAAAUGACGGACUGUCCAAUUUUAGUAUAAUGUGUGCAGUUUCCAGUGUUUUUUUAAAUUGGAAUAUAAGAUUUUUCACAAACUGAAACUCCAUAUUUCUUCUUAAGGUUGAAAAUGAUUCAAGAACAUUUUAUAUUAUUUAAUCCCCCAGUAAAAUAUUUUUUUGAAAUAGAUUUCUGGACAGAUGACUUGCUUCUGUAGUGUAAGGGAUUCCAACGGAAAUAUUGAAUAAUUCUAGAGCUUGGUCUAUUUUCAAAUGUUGUAGGUUUUAGUCUCCAAAUCACCAUAAUGUAUUAUAUGUAAUCAGAAUACAAGGGGAUUUGAUUUUUAUUUUUUUUACCAAAAAAAAAAAAAAAUCACUAUUUUUCCUGAUUUAAUUGUUAUUAUAAAGAAAACUCAAGAUUGCUGGUUUAUAUAUAUAUAUAUAUAUAUAUAUAUAUAUAUAUAUAUAUAUAUAUAUAUAUAUAUAUAUAUAUAUAUAUAUAUAUAUAUAUAUAUAUGUAGUAAACAGAGGAAGGGUACUGCAGCUUUAGAUACUUUUGUAGUUUGCACCCGACAGAUGGAUGGUUUCGUCAGGAAACCUUUGUAUUGUUUUCAGUAUUGCGUUACUUAACAGCAGGAUGAAUUUUAAAAUUAAGUUGGUGAAACAGGCAUACAGUAAGCAAAAAAAUUCUACACAGUACGAUUAUAUAUCAAUUAAGAAGGCUCCAUAAAAGUGAAUGUAAAAUUCGGUAGUUUCUAACACAUGGAAAUAUUUACUGAUUGUCUUUUUAAAAAAAAAAUUAUUGCAUCUUCUCUUACAAGCUUAAGUGAUACACUGGUACCAGUAGCCACAUACCCCAGUACUGUAGUGUUUUUCCUGCUAGUAUUAGCUUAAAAAUAAAUAAAUAAAUAAAUAAUUAAACUGGUGCAGCUUAGAAACCAGUCCAGUAGUGAAGCAUAUAAAUAUUGUAACAAUUAUUUAGUAUUAGAUAUACAGCUUAAUGGCCAUUGUAUCAAAUAUUAGUAACUCAGCACUUCAAUUGCAAAGCAUUGUUACCAAUUCAACACUUAAAUUGUAAACAGCUUUUAUUUCUUUUGUAACUUCUGUUUGUUUCCAGUAUUGUCGGCACAAUCGGAUGUACCUUUUAACUCAUGCUUAAAAAUAGCUUUAUAAAAAAUACAAUUAGUCUUGUAAUUUGGGAAUUCCUCUUGGGGAAUUAAAUGUUAAACUUCUAGGUCAUCUGUAAACUGACAGCAUCUUGACUUUAUUUAUAUAACUACCUUAAUGUGAUUUUAUGCACAAGGACUUGAUGUCAUGUAUUACAUUCAAGUACAGUUAGAAACAUUGCCAUCACAACUUCCCUACCUCCAAAUCUGGUUACCAGACCAACUCGCACUAACUCCUACAGAUUUUGUGCAUACACUUGCUUGACUUGAAACAGAAUAGGAUAUUUCUGCUUGUGUAGAACACAAAAUGCUACUUAUUGGGAUGUCAAGGGUGCCAGAGAGCUAUUAUUUACUUUCAGAAACGGAGUGGCUGUGUGUUGGUUAAAAAGUGUCCUAUUUUUGUGCACCAUUGCAAAAAAAGUUUGGGAACAGUUGACGGCGUAGUUUACAAAGUAUUUUAAAAAGUUGCCCCAUCAAUUCCAGUAAUGGGAAGGGUCCAUAACUAAAAGGAACAAUGAAUUACUUAGGUAGGUGUAGUAUUUAGGUCUUACUGGCUGCAGUCAGUUUUCUAGUAUUUUCUUUUCUUCAUUUUCUGUGUCCGUUUUAUUUAGACUGUAAAUUCUUUUAAUACCAGCUCUGUAAACAUUUCGGAAGAAGAAAAAAAAAAAAGGCAUUAAAAUGAUGAAUUCAGCAUGCUGUGGAGAGUGUUGAACUGAUAUUAAUCUUCAGGCUGUGUUGUAUCAUGGAACAUCACAAACCUAAUAAAUGACCUGACAAGAA